AUGCGGAGCCCUUACUACAAGACGCAGAAUGGCUCCCACUGCACGUAUUCUAAACUAAAAGCCUCGGGCCCCUCCCCUCUGGCCGUCAUGUCUCAGAAGGCGCAGAGGGCUCCGCAGGCCACCUACAUCGAGCUGGGGGGAUAUCAGUACUGGCCUGUGCUGGUGCCCCGGGGUAUCAGGCUGUACACCUAUGAGCAGAUCCCAGUGUUCCUGAGAGACAACCCUUACAUCACAGACGGCUACAGGGCCUACCUGCCCUCGCGCCUCUGCAUCAAGAGCUUGUUCAUGGUGUCUAACGAGUCUGUGAACAUGUGGAGCCACGUGCUGGGCUUCCUGCUCUUCUUCUGUUUGGGCGUCUACAACAUGGCGACCGUGCUGCCGGCUGUGGGGGCCUCCAGAGAGGACUACGUCAUCUACUCAGUCAGCCUCUUCUGUUUCCAGCUGUGCAUGCUGUGCUCUGUGGGCUUCCACGUCUUCUGCUGCCAUCGCUCAGAGAAAACCAGUCGGCGCUGGAUGGCUCUGGACUACGGCGGUCUGUCCAUCGGGAUCCUGGGAUGUUACGUCCCUGGGGUUUUCUACACCUUCUACUGCAACAACUACUGGAGGCAGGUGUACCUGGUGGCGGUGCUGGCCAUGGUCCUGGGAGUGUUCUUUGCUCAGAUCCACCCUGUGUCGCUGAGUAAACAGUGGAAGCAGAUGCGCUCCCUGCUCUUCUGUCUGAUGGGAGGCUACGGCCUGGUGCCUACCGCCCACUGGGUCUGGCUCUCCGGGGGCUUCAGCUCUGAGCUUGUGCAGGCAUUUGUUCCCCGUGUGCUGGGAAUGUACCUGCUCGCUGCUCUGGCCCUGGUCUUCUACGUAUCUAAAGUACCAGAGAGAUACUUCCCAGGCCAGCUGAACUAUGUGGGCUCCAGUCACCAGCUGUGGCACUUGCUGCUGGUGCUCAUGUUCUACUGGUGGCACCAGUCGUCAGGCUUCAUCAUGGCCCACAGACACAGCCAGCCCUGCAGCCCGCCCGAGGCCCCGGCUCCUGGGUAA